GUCUCGCGCUCUUAAGUCACUGCGACAGUCGCAAUCGGGUUGUUUGUCUGUUUGGUUGGUUCGUCACAUAUAUAAUCCCUGGCUUCCAUUGUUCUUCGGUUCUAUAUUGAAACCCAGAGAUGGCCCACAUCUACUUUUUCGUUGCCGUACUCUGCCCUCUGCUGGUUGUUGUGCCAGGCACCCCAGUGGAGAACUCAAAUCCGAAGUCCCAGGUGGAGUACAUUACCAGCAAUGAAAAACCAAUUGGUGCCAACGCGUUCCCAAAUAUCGUGCCCAUAACUAGCCCGCCGAUCGUUACUCAGACUGCUCCUCCACCGCCGCCCAACUCGAAGAACUUUGCCUACAAUCCGAUGACGCAGACAUGGACACGCAUUAACCAAGGUGAAGAGCUGCCCGGCGAGGAUACCCUUGUCUGGAAUCAAAGCAAUGAUAAGUGGCUUACCUAGGAACUUCCCUGAAAUACGCGCUUUAGGUCACAAUCAGGCGCUUUAAUCAUAAAUGUGAAAAUUAAAUAAAUUCCGAUGUCUCCUCAGC